AUGUCAUCUUCACGUGCAAAACGCCCCGCGAGAGCAUUUUCCGACAUGAGAAAUACACCGUUCGAUUGUGACAACGACGAAUAUGAUGGGGUUCCAACAGACAACGAAGAUAGCGAACAGAUUUCGUCAGUUCGAUCUCCAAAGCGCAGAAAGAGAACUACACCAAGCACGUCUGUCUGUGGAAGCCGGGGCGACUUAAAGAGUAACCAUGACCUGCUUAGAAGUUUGAGCGUGCAAGAAGUGAAGGAUAUUCUUCAAGCCAAAGAACAAGAAGAAGCCAUGAAGGUCAGGAAGAAGGACGAGGCCAAGGCAAAGAGAGAGGUUGAUAUUGAGAGCGCGAGAAGCAAGAAGUCUGAGCUCAAGAUCAACUUUAGCUAUGAUUUCGACAUCCACAGCGGCACUAGUGUUACAGGCACAAGCACAAGAUGGUUCAUUCGCCUUGAAUCAACGAAGUUAGAGCACGAAAAGAUCUACAUCUCUAAGAAAGAGGUGCCCCAAGAUAUACUUCUCUAUCUCAAAUGGAUCAACUUGACUGAGAAAGAAAAAGCCAAGCAUAGCAACUCUUUCAGGAACUAUCGCAAAGCCUAA